GCCAAACCUCAAAACUAUUUCCUUUUUUUCCCCCCCCUAAUCUCUUACUUUCUCUUUGUUAGUGACGAACUGCAAUCUAGUGAUGGUCAGUGUGACUGUGAGCAACAAAUAGAAAACGAAUUGCAGCACAACUCGGUGCCUUCGUAUUACUAGGGCAACUUCAACCUUCAUGAAAUUGUUUGUAUUCGGCAAUUCAAAAUGUCGUUGAUAGUAUUAGAUGAACUCGUCCAAUCCCUAAUCUCCAAAAAGGGGCCAGAGAAAUUGACGGAGCAAGAAGCGGCUGUCUUUGCUCGGUGCAAGUCUCAGGUCUUUAGGAACUGUGCUAUCGGAGGUUCAGUUGCUACAGGUCUUUCUUGGAUGGCAACAAGAAAGCUGAACUCUUUUAGUCGUCUGGCCCUUGCUGGAGGAGCAAGUUUUCUUACGGCAAUAUGGAGCUUACAUAAAUCAGUAGACUCGUGUGUUGACCAUAUUCUUGCAAUGGAUGGGAGUCGGAUGCAGUAUGAGCUGAAAAAGAUAAAUCGUGCGAGGAAGCAGGAAUGCGAAGGAGGAGUUGCCAGAGAUGGCGGUCGACGACGAAUACUGGACAAGUUUGGCAACGAUCCUGAGAAAAUGCAGCUUUUUUCGAAGCAUUUCUACUGUGAAGAAGUUUUCAAUGAUUCAACUCCGGGACAACCCAAAUCAUAUUAUCGGCAGCGGAACUUGUAUGUGGAUGAUCAGCGAACAGCAGACGGCAGUUCUUCGCAGGUGUCUGAUAAGAAAGGUGUGCUUCAUAACCAGAGAAAUGAUGAUUCCAACAUCAAAAUGAGAAACCCUACUGCAGAGAUCAAGCAAGUUCCUAUAAUAUCUGGAAUCCAUGUCUUUGGAUAUGGAGAUCCUAUUGAUGUUCUGUUUGGUCAUUCAUCACCGAAUGAGGAGCUUCAUCACCCUGAUGAAUCUGGAAACUCUGCCAAAGUGCAGAGUCAUAGACAAAGAAGAGCUCGCCGUAGGCAUAAAGUGCGCCAUCGGCAUCAGGAGUCUUUUAAUCUGGGGGUGGCACAGUUUCAAGGUGCUUGAGAGUUGAGGAUGAAUAGAAGGGGGAAAGAUCCGUUGUAUCUUUACCUAUUUGGUUUCCAGUUCUUUAAGGUGAAAUAAACUAGCUCGUAUAUAUAUUUAUCAUUGCAUUUGUGCUUCUGCUAUAUUAUCCUGUCACCUCCGCCCACUGUAUUAAUACCAGCUAAACAGCUUCUUUUAUUAACAACCAAAAGCAAUUGGGGUCACAGAUCGCUAAUGCUCUGUUUCUACAUUCA